AUUGGGGUGCCCACAACACAAAUACCAACUUCUCCGAGGACCAAGUAUAGAAAAGUAGAGCAAAAAUGACAACGAGGACACAUACAUACAUGUCACGAAGGUUGCUGGUGGCGCUGAUGACCCAACCGUGCACAUUACCAACGCCACCUCCACGCGCCUCCUCUCUCUACAGCCGUCUUCCUAUCCUCCACCGCCCGCCGCCUUCAUUCUCCCAACGCUUCAUCACAACAAUGGAAACCAACAACCAAGAUCACCUCGACGCUUUGUUCAAGCAGAAACGGAUGCUCCGAACUAAGGUCCGGAAGGCCCUCAAGUCAAUGGACCCAGUAUUCAGAUCCCAGGAAGAUGAAGCGAUUCAGAACAUUGUAUUGGAAGCUCCUUGGUUUCAGUCUAGUCAGGGACUGUGUGCGUAUAUAAGCUGUGCUGCUUUGCGUGAGGUUGAUACUUCCAAAGUGUUGGCUGAGAUUCUUCAGGGUUCGGUUAAAGAUGGUGUGAGGAAAAAGCUCUAUGUGCCGCGUGUGGAGGACAAGAAUAGUCACAUGAGAAUGCUCAACAUUUCAAGUCUUGAUGAUCUGGUUGCGAAUUCGAUGGAUAUUUUAGAACCAGCUGCGGUGGAUGCUAAUGGAAAGAAACGCGAAGAUGUUUUACAGGCAAGUGAUCCAGUUGAUUUGCUUCUCUUACCAGGACUAGCAUUUGACAGAUCCGGGAGACGUUUGGGUCGAGGUGGAGGUUAUUAUGAUACUUUCCUGAGGAACUACCAAGAGCUAGUGAAGGCGCGCAAUUGGAAGCCACCCCUCCUCGUUGCUCUAUCGUAUUCUCCACAGAUAAUGGAUGAAGGGGUUAUAUCAGUCACCGAACAUGAUGUUUCGGUUGAUGCACUUGUUUCCCCGGCAGGUGUGAUUCCGAUCAGCACAGCUGCCAUAGACAGGAUGAACCUUUGACAAGAACCUUGAAGCUUUCUUCCUUGAUGAAUUCUCGGAAAGUUUGCCUCUAUUUGCCCUGCGAUCUGUAAAAGGAAAUUAGACCGGUGUGCAUGAGAUACAGGACUCGGUGUUGUUAAUUGAAGAGCUAAAAGUUCUGAUCUACUGUGGUUGAGAGGUCAGGCUGAUUUGAGCACCUUUAAUCUAAUAGAAAUAGAGCAACACUUCUCCCAUAUUUAAGUCAUGCUAUUACUUUUGUAUUAUUUGGACACAGAAUUUACAGAGAACUUUGUUUUUAGGAUGAAUAUCUUCUUGUGCCUUUGCCACAUUUUUCUUCUUUAAUAUAAAGUCAUAAAACUCAUAUUAUGCUGUACU